CCCAGUUGGCAGGCCCAUCCCGGGCAACGAGGACGUGCUUUGUUCGGCUCGUCAUCAUGGCUUUUCGCAUGGUGCGCUUCGAAGACCUCGACUUUGACGAGAAGAGGGACUUCUUGGGCACCUAUCCCGGGACAUCAGGAGUGGUGUACAAAGCGAUGUGGCAUACCGCAAAGGGGUCCCGGCCGGUGGCCAUCAAAGUCCCGUCGCGGGAUAUGUUUGAUGAGUGCCAGGGCAGCUAUACCGUAAGGAGCCGUAAGCGAGAGACAGCCAGUGUACUGACAGAAUGGAUUUGCUUGCCUGCAGAGGAUGAAAGAGGCGGUUGCGAAGGAGAACUUCUUCCAUCUGGAUCACCCGAAUGUUGUCAAGAUACAUGUAAGUGAUGCACAUCAAAACGUGUCACUCUUUCUUCUGUCUCACGUCAGGGCCUCAGUAGGCCGGAAGUGUUGGAUGAGAACACUGGAGACAUCAAGCUUACGAAAUGGGGCUGCAUAGUGGUGAUGGAUCUAUAUACUGGCGGUACACUUCGCACCUACCUGAUCAUAAAGAGGAUGAGAAGAGAAAAAGUACUUGCCGCACAGCACCCGUAGCGUCUGUUUGGGUACCAUCUGUCUUCAUUUCAUGCAGAUUCCGGAUCACAUACGCGACAAGCUCAUUGCGCAGGUCUUUCGAUCCAAACACGCACCACACUGACCUUCGUCUCUCCCCUUCUUUGCCUGAGCGACAUGCAGAUUUGUGAGGGCUUGCAGUAUAUUCACUACAACAAGAUUGUAAGCGAGAUAUCAGAUUGAGAUAGCAAUCACCUUCCCUUUCAUGUGUCAGAUUCAUCGCAACUUGAAACCCGAAAACAUCAUGGUCCGUAGACACUGAGUCGUUGGAGGUUGUGAGGGUGAGCAGUGAUAAUUUGUGUAUGGAUGCAGCUGUCGGAAAAGGAUGAAAACCUUUUCGAUGUCAAAAUCGCCGGCUUUGACUCGGCGGCCAGAAGUGCGAUGCCCAUACCUGAGGAUGCAGUCGGGCUAGGCACACUUCAGUACAAGGCUCCCGAGGCCUUCGAUCAAAGUAAACGCCCAAGGAUGGAUGCGUUGACGUGACAUCAUGUCUCCAUGAUUUGUGCUGGGCAGACCGCGAGACCCUCCCUCUUGAGGUGGACAUCUGGUCGCUUGGUCGGAAGGGCGGGAAGGCUGCAAAACAUGACAGAGGAAAGAGCCCCUAUUUCGAUUGUAGGCUGCAUCAUCGCCGAGCUUCAUGGCAUGGACACCCCCUUCAAGGAGCUCGGCAAGCAGGAGUCCAAAAUCAAGAAUGCGGUGGUCAACAGAAGACAGGUGAGAACACUGCAACCCUACAGUCUUGCAUAAAGUAUGAAUCGACAAAAUCUCGCCCUGAUGCUUACUUGUCAGAUUCCAGAUAUUCCUGAUUUCCCCGACAAAGAAGCCCUCAAGGUCUGCUGCGUCACAAUGCGCAUACGAGAAUAGUUACUGCAUUUCUGUCCCAUGUGCAGAGAUGUUUUGCGUAUGAGCCGUCUGAUCGUCCGUCGGCGAUGGAGGUGCACACGCAUAUCAAAAGCUAGAGCCGAUUUCACUCAGAGUGUGUCCCUUUUGGUCGCCCAGCUUCUCGACGCGCUCAGCAUUCGCCGUCAAGGUGCAGGUCAGCCAGCCGUCGCAGAGAUCGAGCCAGCGCCUUUGCAGCAGCCAGGUCUGUGCCUACGCACAAAGGGAAUGUCAGACCCAAUGACUUGUCUGUGUUACGAUAGCCGUCAAAGCACCGAACGACGCAUCACGAGAGCAAAUCAAAUCCGUGAGAAGACAAUGAGACACGGGAGACACAGCACGACUGUGUCAUUUUGAUGCGGCAGACGGACAUAGUCGAGUCGAAAAUGAAGAGAAUGAAGAUGUGUGACAUGGAAUUCAACAUCACACUGUUCAUCCAGCUUUUGACUUUGGCCGAGGUGGGGUGGAUGAACUAUGUCAGUCAUGCAUGAUGUACUACCGGAUGACUCUCUGCAGGACAUCUGGGCCAUUCUCGUGGUGGAUGAGGUACACGGGGGGUGAUGCUUCCAGCCACUCUAGCAUCAAGUUUACCCUUGUUGCAGGACUAUCCAUGGGUCCUGUUUCUUGUCUUCACGGGGCUCGCCAUCGUCACGGCCCUCAUUGAGGAGAUCCUGGAGGACGGCCAAGGGAAGGUUCGCUUCGUCUGCACGCUUCCAGGCAUCCGAAGCUGGUUGCACGAUAAUGUGAAGAAAGCCGCCAUGACCCUCAUGCCCAGUUCUGUCUCCUCUUCGGCCUCACGUAAUUGUGCGCACACGAAAAUAUCUCCGUGUCUUGUUCUUGCUUGUUGCCUUCUUGCCUGCAGGACCCUUGGCUCGGCUGGACUUGGGGCUCAUUCCGUUUUCUUUGCCAUCGCAUUCUUCACACAAGCCCUGGCGACUUGCCUGCCGCUACAAGACUACUUUGUCUGUGUGAAGGAAGCCCCAGCCGGAGAGGCCGAGAAAGAGGAAUCGAGACCGUUGUCAGAGGCAGUUAAUGCUCUGCUGGGCCAGCUGGACCAACAGAUCCAAAACAAACAAGUGACGAUCACUUCAGACGGGGUCGAGAAACGGUACUCUCUUGAAGGAGGUACGUGUCUCUCAAUCGGGCGAUACUUGCAUGGCUUUCAGCUACCUCCUCUUGAAGUGUACAUGUGUCGAUGAUCUCUGUCAGAUGUACACGAGGCACGACGAGUGCACGCACAGAAACGGAAGAAUACCUUGGACUUUAUGUAUGACCUCUUGAAAGACGCAAAUGUUGAUAUGAGGUUCAAUCAAGUAUAUGAAGGAGAGAGGGCCGUCUCUAUAGAGGAAGGGACAGAGAACGAGAGCAAGGAGGGAGAGGCUGCCAAGAGGUGGGUGGCUGGGGGGCUGUUACAAGAUACGACGCAGACUCUCUGUGUGUUUCAGCAAGCUGUCUGGCUUACAAUCGUCCGAAUCCAAUGAAUCCGAGAACAUCGACGUCGUCAUCCAUGAGCAUAACACACACUUAACCCCCUCGCCACCAAACUCGGCGCAAGAGAAGACCAACAACGAGAUCCCACGCACGAGAAGAUCACCGUCAGGGAACUCAUCUUAAGAUUUGCACUGCAUAAAAGGAUGCUCGACUCGCACAGGAUGGCCGAAGAGGCAGCCAAAAGCUAUCGCUACACCGGUGGAGUGGUGCUGGUGGUGGGGUUUACUAUUUUCGCGUCAGUCGUCCCCCUCCCAUACAUCCCCUUCAAAGACGAAUCACCCUUGCGAUCAACUACAUUUGACAUGUACUCGUGACCCUAUCUAGAUAUGUUUACACCUGUCUCUGUCUUUCUUUGUUCAGUGCCUUGACCAGUUAUAUCUGUUUAUUCACCUUCGCAAUUGGCAUUCUCAUUGAUGGAAUGAGGGAGCACAUUGGAAGCCCGAAAAGAGUGGAGCUCGAGCUGUUGGCAGAAUUGUUCUCAAAGUCGGGACUCGAAGACAGCCUUGUCCCCCAGGUGAGAACCUUUCAAUACGCCUCCAAAAUCAUGCCGUCUGUCUUGUCGUUUCCAUAGAUUGCAACAACACUGUCCCUAGAAGGGCUCAAGAGAGCUUAUGUAAUUGAAGUUCAAUCAUUCAGUCCCCAUUCGUAGUGUGUCGCUACCCUUGUGUGCGGUGCACUGCAGGAAAAGCCUUUCAUGGCGAUUCAUUCCUGCAUCGACUCUUCAAUUACAUCGGAGCUGCUUAUGCCUUUGUGUUCCUCCUCGGACUGCCAGUCGUCGGCAUACCGGAUGUAUGGUUUAUGA